ACUAGCUUCGGAUAAGCCCUGGUUUGCCUCUCUUAUACAGGGCUGGGAGGAAGAGGGGAGGGGGGGACGAGAGUAGAAAGGAGAGAAGGAGCAAAAAAAAAAAAAAAUUGGGGUAGAAUUUUAUUUUUUUAAAAAACUCUGCGCCCCCUCCUCCCCGCCCAAUUUGGCAAACUUUGAAGAAAACUUUUGGGGAGCCUAAAAGAUCCUUGGGGAAAAAAAAAAGGACGCAGAGAUAUAUAGAUAUUUUUUAAAAAUAGGGUCCCGUUUCCCCUUCCACCGUCCCCAGCCCUGGUUUUUUUUGCGCAAGGAUGCAACUUUUUCUCUACUUCUGCUGCUUCCUCGUCCUGCGAGCGGAUUCCCGCAGCUACCCAGCUAUCAUAGCUCCCCAAGACACCACCCUCCACAUUGGGGCUUCAUUCACGGCCAACUGUUCCGUCACGUCCAAUUCAGGGCUGAAGGCCGAGGACCUUUAUUGGACCCUGAAUGGCCGAAAGCUCCCAGCCGAGACCUACAAGGUCCUGGGGGCCAACACCCUCAGCGUCACCCUCACCCAGCUGAACGGAUCGCGGCAGCAGUCAGGGGAUAACCUGGUGUGCCACAGCAAGGAAGGCGGAAGCAUCUUGGCUGGGUCGUGUCUCUAUGUAGGAUUGCCUCCUGAAAAGCCAACCAACAUUUCUUGCUGGUCCAAGAAUCUGAAAGACCUCACCUGCAGAUGGGUACCUGGGUCAGAAGGCGAGACACACCUGCAUACCAAUUAUUCCCUGAAAUAUAAGCUGAGAUGGUAUGGUCGGGACAAUAUCUGCCAAGAAUACCACACUGCCGGCCCAUAUUCCUGCCACAUUCCCAAGGAUUUAGCCCUGUUCACGCCUUAUGAAAUUUGGGUAGAAGCAUCCAACCGACUUGGAAUGGCUGUAUCUGAUGUGGUGAUGCUGGACAUUGUCGAUGUUGUCACAACCGAUCCACCCUCGGAUGUCCACGUGAGCCGAGUGGGAGACCUGGAGGACCAGCUCAGCGUGAGGUGGAGUGCGCCUCCUCUUAAGGAUUUUCUCUUCCAAGCCAAAUAUCAGAUCCAGUACCGGGUUGAGGACAGUUCAGAAUGGAAGGUUGUCGACAAUGUUAGCAACCAGACAUCAUGCCGGCUGGCAGGCCUAAGGCCCGGGACGGUAUAUUUCGUCCAAGUCCGCUGCAAUCCUGUCGGUAUCUAUGGUUCAAAGAAAGCCGGCAUUUGGAGUGAUUGGAGCAACCCAACGGCGGCCUCCACGCCUCGGAAUGGACGGACUCCGGGAGUUUGCGAACCCAAAAACGGAGAACAUAACAACACGCUACGCCGAGAGCUCAAGCAGUUCUUUGGAUGGAUGCGCAAACAUGGGACUUGUGCCAAUUUGAGCAUCAAAAUGUAUGAUCAGUGGCGGGUGGCACUGCAGAAGUCCCACAAAACACGCAACCAGGUCCUGUCCAGUGACAAACUGUAGCUUUGAUGGAUGGUGGAACCAGGACGUUCACUUAAGCGCCAGCCUGGUUGCUGGAUUCAGGCCUGCCAAGGAUGCACACCAAGGAACUCAAGAGCAGCCAUAAUCCAGGUGCCUCGAGCGGCAUUGCCAAGGUGGCUUCAACCAUCACUAACACCCUUUCUGCAAACUAGCUAGAGGCUGGGAAGAAGUCAGCGCCUCUUCGCCCAGAGUAACUCUAAACCAGCUUCUCACAUAUGAUGUUUUUCAGCUGAGUUGAACAUUUGAGUUUUCUAAUUAGUAUAUAAAGGAGUUCUCCCUAGUUGAAGGACGUUUUGCCCAGGGAAAGAGCUCUUCGUGCCAGCUUUUUUUUUUUUUUUUAACAGCGCCAAGAUUAAAAAAAUCUGAAAUCUAUCCAUCUAUCCUCUUAAGCACGCCAUAAAGAGGUUUCGUUGCUUCAGGAUAGUCGUUUUCUUCUCAUACUCCUCCGUUAUGAAAUUGGAAUCGGCAGCUGAUUGAAAAGCGGAAACGGCUAAAGGAACGAGCUGGGUAAUCAGGAAGAAACAGGUUUACAUUUAACCUCCAAAUUCUCCCAAAGGGAAGAACGGCAGAAUUGGUUGUGAAAUUUCACAGAUUUUUUUAUUCCUUUUUUUUGUGUGUGUGCGCGCUCUGUUGUUAAAAAAUAUCAGGUGUUCAAUACCUGUUUUAUGUCCGAAGCUGUGAUUUAGGCUGUUUUUUUUUUUUCCUCUCUGCAAAUCUGGGAGGUUUUGCACCCAGAGCCCAACCCAUCUUUUGAACUGACGUCACCUGCCUCGCCUUUUAAUUGGGCUAAACCAGUAUGUUUGUUUCCCAACAGCAUUAAAGGCAAAAAAGUUGGGGGCAAAGA